AUGGCUGCUGCGGCCUGCGCGGACGUGAACCCAGAGCGCCUGAUCCAAUGCCAGAAGAAGAUUCUCAAGGAGCGCAUGGAGAUGACCCAGAUGGACUGCCACCAUGAGCUGGCACAUGCCGUGCAUGAGAAAUGCCCGGCGUCGGAGUACCACAACUCUGCUGGGGGAUGGAACGGCUUCAACAUGAAGUUUGCCAGGGUGCUCUUGAAUCUUUGUGAAAGCCAAGGAGUCCUCGGAAAGUCGACAACACAGCUUGUGGACCUUGUCCACGAGCGCUGUGCGAAGGCUGCGCUUGGUCGUGCUGAGACGCAGAUCGUCGUGUAG